UACGCAGUUCUUUCCGUUUUUUUUUUUUUUUUAACAUUUUGGAGCGGUACGAAUUACAAAAAAAGCAGUUUUCGAGUGAUGUAAAUAAAAAUGAAGCUAGUGGUAUAUGUAUUUUUUUGAGUAAAUCAAUUAUUUUUCGGCCAGAGUUACCUCGAUAAUUAUUCCUAAAUUAUUUUAUAUAUUUGUUUAUAUCUAUAAUAUUUUUAUGUAAUAUAAUAGAUAAUCUUUAAAACAUUUGUUGCCGUGUUCACGCACUUUAUUCCAAAAAACAUGUGUAAACGAAUGUUAUUAAUUUAAAAAGCAUUUGUAUUUUAUUCGCAAUAUUAAUAUAUAUGAGUGUAUCAUCUUUUAUUGUAAUAUGUGAUAUAAUAUAAUAUAAAAUAUUUUUCUUUUAUGAAGUUUUAACUUGGUUCUUAUCUAUUUAUUAAAAUAUUUGUUAUCAAGUUGAUAAAUUGAUUAUAUAUUUCUUUUCAUAAAAUUUAUAAUAUUUAGUAAGUAAAAAGAUGGUGAAUAAUGUAAAGUCUGUAUUGAUUGAUCUUAGUGGGACACUACAUAUUGAUAAUACUGUUAUACCUGGAGCAGUGGAUGCAUUAAAUAAACUUAGAAACACAAAUUUGCUCAUUAAAUUUGUUACUAAUACUACUAAAGAAUCUAAAAAUGUUCUUCACAGUCGUUUAACAAAACUUGGUUUUAAUAUAACAAAAGAAGAGAUAUUCAGUUCCUUAGCAGCAGCCAGAGAAAUAGUGAAAACUCGCAAAUUAAAUCCAUUGUAUUUGAUUGAGGAUGAUGCAAUGGAAGAUUUUAAGGAUUUAAUUGAUUCAACAAAUCAGUUUAAUGCAGUUAUGGUUGGAUUAGCACCAUCUAAAUUUGAUUACAUUCAUUUAAAUGAAGCAUUCAGACUUUUAAUGAAUGGAGCAUCACUGAUAGCUAUUCAUGAAGGUCGUUAUUACAAAAAAUCAGAUGGGUUAGCUAUAGGCCCAGGAGCAUUUGUUAAAGGAUUGGAAUACUCAUCCGAUGUCAAGGCUGAGGUGAUUGGGAAACCAACAUCUGGAUUUUUUAAAGCAGCACUUGGAACUUUUCUUCCAGAAGAAGCUAUCAUGAUAGGCGAUGAUGUCAAUGAUGAUAUUGCUGGAGCUCAAGCAGUUGGUAUAAAAGGUUUUCUUGUCAAAACUGGGAAGUAUCAAUCUGGAGAUGAAAAUAAAAUUGAACCAGCCCCUACCAAAGUAUGUGAUUCGUUUACUGAGGCUGUGGAUAUUAUUAUUCACCAUUAUUUAAAUUAAAAAGAAUGCUAUAUCUAACAUACUUUGAUGUUUUUAAUUUAGUUAAACCUUAAUAUUUCAAAAUUGUAAAAUUUCAACAUUGUAAUUUGUUAUUUAAAAGAUUUAUUAUUGAAAAAUUUGUAAACUUAAAUUAAACUAUAAAUAUUAAAGAUCUUGAUUGGAGUUUUUCUGUAUUUAGUGUACUAAUAUAAUUAUAAUAUUUCGUCUAUAAAAGUUAUCUUUUUA